AUGGAUCCCUUCACCGAGAAACUGUUGGAACGCACCCGGGCCCGUAGGGAGAACCUGCAGAAAAAAAUGGCAGAAAGACCCACAGCAGCAAAUCGACAGAUGGUCAAAAGGACCAGGGAACCGUUGGUUGAGACUAACAGUGGGACCAGUGAACCAGUGAUCAGUGAAGGUCCACACCCUUCGUCCAAGCCCUCUCCAUCCAAGCGCAGAUGCUCAGGGGAAAAUGCGCAGGCUGCAGCGGGGGAGGAGAAUCAAGAGCCAGCUCCAACUCACUCGGUGGUCCCCACACUGCUUGAUCCCCCAACAGACAGGAAACCCCCCAUGGGCCCAGCCAGUGUCCGUUCUGCAUCUUCUCUAGAAAAGACCACUGUGCAGUCUGUUGUCCAGUCCCAUCCAGAGCAGAUCAAGACUUUACAGUCAAAGCCAGAGAGAAUGCCUGGGUCUGUUGCCCCAGAUCCUGGGUCUGUUGCCCCAGAUCCUCUGAGGAACAGAGAUAAGGAAGUGGUACCUGCUGGGCCAGCCCUGCAGAAGAAGAGAGAGGAACCAGAGGAAGUCCCUACUCCAGCUGCCACUGGCAUAAAGAACCGUAUGCAGAGACUAGUACAGCAGAGGCAGUACUGGGAUAAUCAGGACAUUACAGAUGCAGACCAAAACUGUGCUUUGCUGUCCCCCAUGAAGCACCAGGUGGAUAUCCCACCAGCUGCUGUCCCCACUCUGUCUUCCGAAACUCGAUUAGGGAGAAAGGGCCGCCUGGCAAACCUUGCUGCCACCAUUAGCUCCUGGGAAGAUGACCUAAGCCACGUGAACAUUCAAAAAGAUAAUCAACAAAAGCAGCCCGUCACCACCUGUGGUCUCAAAUCAGCCAGCAAAGUUGCUGUUGGCCCUCAACCAUGUGGUGCAGACCAAGUGCUGAGCAGCCAGACAGCAAGUAGCAAGUCCAUAUCCAGCACCAAUCAGCAAUCUAUCUACUCUCCAGUCAAGUCAAGCAAAGUAAUUCUGCCAAGCCCUCAGAAGAUAGACACGCCUGUUGCAAAACCAGAAGUUGAGACAGUAAGAGAGCUGUCCUCCACAGCCAGUCCCCAGAAGAGUUCUGAAGGGACAGCCUAUCCUUCCAGUCCCCACAAGGCUGGCUCUUCUUCAGUACCACCCACGUCCCAGAGCCCGCUAAGGAAUAAGGCCCCUUCUAAGGGUCUUGCCCUUGUUUCCAGCCCAAAGAAGCCAGACCUCCCUGUUAAGCCUGCCAUGUCUGGCCCCUCCGUCCUAAAAAAUAGGGAGAAUUUUGUCACAAAGGACCAUUCCACACCUCUACAGUCAAAAGCCACCCCUGGAGCGCCUGCCGGGGUUAAGUCUUUCCUUGAGCGGUUUGGAGAGAGGUGCCAGGAACGCUCAAACCAUAGCUCACCUGCAGGUGGUGCCGCCCAGGCCAAAACCCCCAGUGGGACCCCAUCAGUCACUCCGAACACCAGACUUGUCCAGGAGAGGCUCGGUGCAGCCCAGGCUGCCAAUACAACCACUGCAGAUCUCACCCAGAAGCAGAAGAUGGAACGUGAAUCCGAGCUUGCUGCUAUCCGUAAUCGCUUACAGAAGGGGAAGAACAUGUGGAAAAAUGAGGAUGAAGCGGUAGACAUCAAGAAAAACAUUGAAAAUGAGAAACUGGUGGAAAAGCGUGUGGAAUGUGAGAUUGCCAAACCUCAGCUACAUGAUGAUCCAACAACACUCUCUGUUGAGCGUUCGAAUACUACCACCAACUUGUGUUCUGCAGUGGGAAAUGGAUUGUCAGUCUCGCCUCCGAUCUCAACUUCAAGUCCUCUAAGGAGAAUCGAGUGCUCAGAGAAACCAUCAGAUAGAACCCCUGUGGAGGAAGAGGUGGCCCAGGAGGUUGAGAUGAAUGUUGACCAGUCCAUCAACUCUGCAGUUAUCAAUGAGCUGUUUGAUGGGGUGUUGGAGCAGAGUGAAGAUCAGCAUGAGGAAGAGGAUGCCCUGAAUAUCUCCUCCAUGUCCCUCCUGACUCCAUUAGUGGAGACUGUGGCUGCUGUGGUUAAGAGCCCGGAGAAAAGAAUGAUGACAUCAACUCCAACCAACUCAUUCAUUGUGAAGAGUAAAACUCCUGACAAGUCUAGUAAGUUCCAGAAGGUUUGCAUGAUUCGAACUGGCUCCUCAGACAGUGUUGAGGCCUCUGACGAUGACAAUAAACUGCUUUACAGUAUUGAUGCAUACAGGUCCACCAGGGUGAAGGAGACUGAGAGACCCAGUGUGAAGCAGGUGAUUGUGAGGAAGGAAGACUUGUCUCACAAAGUGGAAGAGUCCGGAUACUCCAGCGUCGUCAACAUCAAACAGAAGAUGAAGAUGCUGAGCAAUGAGAUGAACCUCCAACAGACGGUGAUCCACCAAGCCAGCCAGGCACUCAACUGCUGCACAGACGAGGAGCACGGCAAAGGAUCUCAGGUGGAGGCAGAGGCUGAGAGGCUGCUGCUGGUGGCAACGGAGAGGAGGGCGGCAAUAAAAGCAGCACUGGACAGUCUGAAAGGCGAGGGGCCUGCAGGCCAAAAGAAGGGCCCAGUGAGCUCCCGUAAAGCGGAACAGGACUCGGGAAUGUCUGCCUCCAGGGGCUCCAUAUCUCUGCAAGAGUUGCGCCUCCCUCUAAAGGCAGACUUUGUUUGCUCCACUGCCAAUAAACCAGAGUCGGCCAGUCAUUACUUUUUCCUCAUGAUUCGGAGCGGCGCAGAGAACACUGUAGCUACUCCCUUGGCCAGCACACGCAGCGCCCUCAGCGGAGAUGCCCUCACCUUCACCACAAAGUUCACCAUGUCUGAUGUUUCCAGUUCCUUUGAAAUUGAUAUUGAGGUCUAUUACCUGGUGCAGAAGCGAGAGCUACUCAGUGACAAGAGGAAGAAGCCCAGCAAGUCGAAGGCAAUCACUCCAAAGAGGUUUCUCGCCAUAACAAAGAGCAGCCAAACCCCAGUAAUGGCCAGUCCUGGAGGUCCGAAUGCUGUUCGCACCAGCAACUUUACCCUCGUGGGAUCUCACAAGCUGACUCUCUCUUCUGUUGGGAAAAACAAGUUUCCCCUGGAAAAGAUCAAAUUUGAAGGAAAAGAAACGGAUCUUCUCAGUGAAUUGUUUCAUAACAAGGUGCCAUUUCUGUGUCCCCUGGAGGGCCACAUUUACCUGAAGAUGCAGUGUGAGGUGGGGUCCAAGGUAGAAGAAAGGGGUUUCCUGUCGAUGUUUGAAGAUGUCAGUGGGUUUGGCGCCUGGCACAGGAGGUGGUGUGUCCUGUCAGGAUACUGCAUCUCUUACUGGACCUACCCAGAUGAUGAGAAACGCAAGAAUCCAAUUGGUCGUAUCAAUCUUGCAAACUGCACCAGCAAAAAAGUCGAGCCAGCCAACCGCGAGUUCUGUGCCAGGCCAAACACCUUUGAGCUAAUCACUGUCAGACCACAGAGAGAGGACGACAGAGAGACACUAGUCAGCCAGUGCAACAACACCAUGUGUGUUACCAAGAAUUGGCUGAGUGCAGACACCAAAGAUGAGAGGAACUUGUGGAUGCAGAAGCUGAACCAGAUUUUGGUGGAUCUACGUAUGUGGCAGCCAGAUGCCUGCUAUAGAGCUAUGUGAUUUCUGCCUCUCCAUCGGACUGGGGGACUGCUGAGAGCCUGGCCCUUUUAAAGACGUUCAAUUUCAGUGACUCUUGUAAUUAUAAAGUGCAAUACACUCGAUGGUUGUUGAAUAUUUUACAGGUGGGUAGUUUGGCAAAGCGGUGGAUGCGAGACUUGUAGAUGUGAGAAAAUUGUUUUCAUGACAUUUCAGUAUUUUGUCAAGGACUUGUUACAUGUUCCAGAAAACCUAAAAUUUGUUUUUCAAAUGUUGGGUUAUUUUGGUGAAUCUGAGAUACGAGCUUCCUGUUUGUGCUUUAUUAUACCAUCUGCUAUACUAAGACUUGUGUAAGCGUAAAUCCAUAUUUAAAUGUUGAAUACAAAGCCAAUCCUGAUAAUUUAGGCACCA